AUGAGGAAAUUAUAUUAACCUCUAAAAGCGCCCUCAUUAUCUCCACCUUCUCAUCAAGUAUCAACAUAUUUAGAUAAACAAUAAAGAACAGGUGAUUAAUUCUAUAGAUCAUUCCCACAUUCUAGAUCUUAAUUAGAUGAUGCUAGAUCAAGAUGCAAUUUUUCAUCUUAUUAUGAAUAAGCAAGUGAAUAAAAAUAUCUUACAACUUAAUUUAAAUCCAAUGAAUGGAAUGUCAAAUGUGAAAAUGAAAAAUAAAAAAAAUAAAUUGAAAUGUUGAACGAUCAAAUAACCAAGCUAUAAAAAGACUUAUAAAUUUAUAAGAACCAAUAAGUAGAUAAAUUUGACAGUGAUCAUCAAAACUUAAAUAAAUUAAUGUAAGGAUACCAACGGAAAGCUUAGGAGAGAAAAGCUAUUAUGAAAUAAUUGUACAGUAUCUUAAAGACUAAAGAUUAAGAAAUUGAAGAACUUAGUUAAACAUAUGAAUGCCAAAUGGAUGAUAUGAAUAAUAAAAUGAUCUAACUAAAAGAGUAGUGUGAUUCUCAAUUAUUUCAACAAGAAGACAAAAUAAAAUAAAUUGAAUAAGUAAUAAAUAGCAUAUUAUAUUUGAAACAAUCAAAAUUGCAAGAGUUAGAAAGCAAGGAACAAAAAAUGAGGGAUAUUCUGUAAAAGUUACUUAAGAAAUAAGAAUCUAAAGAGAAGAUAGACGAGGUUAAAAACAUUUUAACAUUUAUCGCCAAAGAAAAAUAAAAAUAUCAACUCAAAUUACCAGAUAAUUCUGAGUAACAGAAUAAUUUAUCUAAAGAAUACUAAAAAAUAGUAACUAAAUAUGAAUCUGUUAUGAUGUAAAUUAAUAGGCUCAAUUAACUUAUUACAGAUUAAAUUAAACCAGCAUACACAUGUGAAGAUUCCAUUUAUCAGCUUUCCUAUAAUAUUAAAGAAAUUAUAAAAUAGAACAGCAAUAUCUACAAGGAAAUAAAGCAAAAAGAAGAAGAAUAGACAAAAUAAAGUAAUAAACUUGAAAAAUACAAAAAGUAAAUGGAGCAAAAAAAUUCAUAAAUUGAUUCCUUAAAAAUGGAUGUGAAGAAUCUUAAUUAAUAACUACAAAAUUAGGAGACUAUAAACUCUUUAAAUGAUUGCAUAAAAAAACAAUCACAACAGAUAGAGAUCCUUUAAUAAUAAAUUAUUGAAUAGAAUAAGAUAUUAGAGCAGAAUGAAAUAAUUAUUGCUAAACAAUAUGAAAAGGAGAACCAAUUGUUUUCUGAAAUUAAAAUGAUUAAAUGCGAAAAAGUUAAAUCUUUACAGUAAGAUGAGGAUGAUUAAAUAAAAUAUAAGAAUACAAUCAAUGAUUUACGCUAAGAAAUUAAUGAACUCAAUUCUUAAUUGGAAAAUAUGUAUACUGAAUAAGCUCAAUUAUAAUAAUAGAUUGAUGAAUAGGAAAUAGAGCAUAAAAAAUCUCAAAUCUAAAUGACAAAUACCAUUUAAAAGUUUUAAUUAGAAAUUAAGAAGUAUUAGUAAUUAGUAGAAGAUAACAAAAUUUAAUUUAAUUAAUAACUCAAAUAACAAUAAUAACAACAUAAACAAAUUUAACAAGAAUUAAUUAACAACUAAAAUUAAAUCUAAACUUAAUUGAGUGAAUAUUUGUAAAUCAUAGAAAACUUAAAAAGUAAGGAAAACUUAAAUUAAGUUCUUGACAACUUAAUUGAUAAUUUAAAUCUUGUCAUCAAGCAGAAACUUUUACAAAAUCUAAAAUCUUCUUCCAAUCUAGCGUAAAGCCCCAUGAAGGGAAUGUCUAAGAAUUCUUCACCUAUGAGGUAGAUAUUAAAUCAUAACAACAAUAAUUAAAUUGAUCUCUAAAAGAUACAUUCAACUUUAGAUAACAUAUCUGAGUAAUUUUAAAAUAGACUCAAUUUGUUGAUAAAGAAAGAUGAAAAAAAUUAGGAUCUAAUUUAGCAUUAUUGUCAAUAAAUUGAAGAGUCUCAACAAACAAUUUAAUAGUUAUGUGAUGAUAAUGAUUAGUAAAAACAAUUUAUUACUUAAAUGUGUAAAAUUCUCAAUAUUGAAAAAAUUGAUGAUCUCAAAGAGAGAAUGUCAUUCUCAAAGGAGGAUUAAUCAUAUAUUGAAACUCUUAAUUAAAAUAAUGCUUAAAUAUAACAACUAAUUAGUUAUAAUUAAGAAUUGCAGUAAGAUAUUCAGUAGUAAUAAAUUAUCAUAAAAGAUUAUGAGAUUUAAAUUGAUCAUCUAAAAAAUUAGAUUAAGUAUCUAAGUCAGGAAAAAGAAGACUAAUGUAAACUAACAACCCAAAUAGCCUCUCCUACAUAAUCAAGUAGAAAGGAUUCUAUUAUAAAAAUUUUGUAGAAUGAAGAGAUAUAAAAUAAAGAUUAAUAGAUCACAGAAUUAAAUGAUAGAAUUUCUAUAUUGAAUAUUGAAAAUUCGAAUCUUUAACAUUAGUUAGAAUCAUAAAUUAAGUUAGUUUAAUCCAAAAAUGAAGAAAUUCAAAAUCUUAACUCUUAAGUAAGAGAUUUGUUAGAGAAAUAAUAAUAUUUUGAAUAAUUAAUUAAUGAAUUGAAUGCAUAUCAUUAACAAUCUAAAAAUUAAUAAGAAGUUUAAAUAAUUAAAUUGGAAGGAGUGUCUUAUGACAUUUCUCAUAAUAGCUUUAAUUUUGAUGCUUUAAGAACACCAACAAAUUAAAAUUAUAUUAUAGAUGAAAUUUAACAAGAACAAUCUAUUAAUUCAUCAUUAUCUUCAAUUGUAUAAAUGAGUCCUAACACUUAAAUCAAACAAAUCAUAUAGUUAAAUAAAUAAUAAGAAGAAAAUAUAAUUUAGAAAAAUAGGUUAAUAUAAGAAAAAGAAGUAGAUUUGGAGAAACAAAAUGAAGAACUUUAGCAAUUAUAAUCUAUAAAUAUUAAAAAUGAUUAAGAAAUCAUUGAUCUUAAUUUACAAUUGACUUAGAUGCAUGAAAAGAUAGAAACUUUGAUCUAAGAAUAGUCUUCAAUUUAAUAAUAAAAUGAUGAAUAUACAAAAAAGUUGAAGAUAGAAAAAGAAUCAGCCACAAAUUAGAUAGAACAAUAUAAAAAGGAAAUUUAAGAGGUGAAAUCAAUAAAUGAUCAAUUAUCUACCAAAUUGGCUGAGUCAAGAAUUCAACUUCAAAUGAAUUAGUAAGAAUAAAUCACUCAAACAGAAAAUAAAUAAAUUAUUUAUUAGCAGAAUAAAGAAAUUCAACUCCUCAAAACUAUAAAUAAUGAAAAUUAAAUUUAAAUUUCCUAACAAAAUAAUUAGAUGUAAAAUUUAUAAGAAUAAUUCGAUCAUCUGAGGUCAAAAUCUAAAAAUUUAAUUUUAUACACUAAUUCUACUAUCAAAGAGAUGAAAAUUGUUUAUGCUUAAGAAUUACAAUAAAUUAAAGCUAACUUACUUCAACAAUAAUAACUAUUUAAAUAGGACUUAUAAUAAUUAGAAAGUAAAUUGUUUGAAAUAGAAUAGACAUAUCAAUGUAGAAUAGAUAAUGCUUAAGCCAAAAUCUAACAAUUUGAAUAAUAAAUUGCUGAAUAUUAAGCAAAAAUAUAACUUUUAUAACAAUCAAAGUUGUAAAUCGAAGAGAAAUAUUUCACAGCAUAAAAUGAAUUUUAGGGGUAAUCACAAUUUAUAGAUUAAUAAAAUUCAAAGUUGAAAUCAUAAAAAUUAUAAUUAGAAUUAAAGGAAAAACAAUUGAAAUCUAUUGAAAUUCAAUUUUAAGAAUAUAGUGAUCAAAUUGAAUAAUCAAAUUAGACAAAAAAUACUUUAUAGUUAGAAAUAAAUUCAUUAUAAUAAAUUUUAGAUUAAUAGUUGCAAGAAAAAAACUUGAUUCAUGAUCUGAAUGAAUAAAAUUCAGAAAAACAAUAAUUAUUAUAAUAAAAGGAACAGCAACUCAAAAUUCUUAAUAGUGAAUUGGAGAAUUUACAGUUGUAAUUAGAUGGAAUUGUUUAAAAUUAAAGAGAAAAGGAAUUCAAUCUUAAUGUAUAAAUAUUGGAUUAAUAAUCACAGUUAGAAUAAUAUGAAUCGAGCUUGAAAGAAGUGAACCAAACUUUAGAAAAAAAUAAAUAAGAAUUUUAACAUAAAAUAAAUUUGCUUUAGUAAGUGAAUUAAGAUCUAAAUGAAAAAAAUUAAAAUAAUAUUGUUCAAAUUAAAAAAUUAGAAAUAAAUGAAGAACUAUUGAAUAAAAAGAUAUUAAAAUUGGAAUUUGAAUUAGCUAAUAUAAGAAAUGAAUCUGCAGAAAAGGCUAUGGAAUUAAGUUAAACUAAUUAAGAUUAUUAUAAAUUGUUAGAUAAUUCAAAAAAAGAAAUCUAAAAAGCAUAGAUUUUGAAGGACUAAAAUAACAAAUAUGAACAAGAAAUUCUUCAAUUAAAAUAAAACUUAUAAACAAAAGACCAUUAAUCAGCAGGGGUAAAUGAAUAAUUGAAUUCAUCUAUUUAACAAAAUUAAGAUAUCCAAUCCUAAUUUACAUUGAAAAUAACAGAAUUGGAAAAAUAAAUUGUAAAUUUAGACAAAGAAAAAUUAUUACUUAAUGAGUCUAAUGAGUAGCUUAUUAGAGAGAAACACAACUAUUUUCAGCAUUAGAUUACAAAAGAAAAUCUUAAUGAAGAGAAAGAGAUUGCUAUAUAAUCAUAAGGAGUAAAAAUCUAAUAACUUAAAGAUCAGUUAUUGAGAGAGUAAGAAAAUAUAAAUAAUUUAUAAGAUUCUCAUCAAAAAUAAAUCUAAAAAUAUGUUAAUGAGAAAAGUGAAUAAAUCUAGCAGUUGACAAGUAACAACCAAAAUUUAACAUUAUAAUUACAUGAGUCUAGAUAGAUUUCAAGCGAAAGUCUAAAUCAUAAUGAUAAGCUAAAAAUUAUUAUCAAUAAUUAAUUAACUUAAAUAGAAUAAUUGGAGUAAGCAAUCAUCUAAUACAAAAACUAAUUUUAAGAUGCCCAGACUAAAAAUGAAAAUUUUGUUACUUUAUUGCAUGAAUCAGAACAUAAAUGUAUAAAUUUAAAUGAACAGAAUAAUUAAUUUUAAUUAUCAAUCUAAUAAUAAUAAUAACUUUAAAUUUAAUAAUCUCAGCAAAUUUUAAAUUAAGAAGAGGAUCUUAGAUAAAAAGCAAGUACAAUUAUCAAUUUAGAAAAGUAAAUAUUUGAAAUAAAUAAUUAAUUAUCAUAUUAAUAAUAGGUUUUAGAGGACUCAAACAUUGAUAAGUAGAAAAAGCUUGAACAAUCCCAAAAAGAUAAUGAUCUUUAGCUUUAAUUAGUAAAACAACUAUAAGACAAAUUAAAUUAAUGCUAAACUGAGCUACAAGUACUAAAAUGUGAAAAUAAUGAAUUGCGAGUAGUAUCAGAAGAAAAUAUCAAUUAAACUCAAAGCAUAAAGGCUUUAUAUUAGAAUUAAUUAUUCUAAAUCUCUGAAUUGAGAAACAAUAUAUCAGAGUUUGAAGAAAAAGAAGAAUUAAAUUUAAAAAGAAUUGAAGAAUUAACAAUUUAGCUUUAAAAUGUAGUGGCAGAAAAGGAGAAAUAAAGACUUAAUCAAGAGGCCUAUGUUAAUAGUAUUCUAAAGGAGAAAUAGUUAAUUGAGAUUCAAUUAAAUGAAGUAACUUAAACUGGAUUAAAGUAAAUUGAGUUUUAUAAAUAAGAGAUUGCUUAGCUAAAUCAAGAAAAUGAAGUAGUAAAAAAGCAGUUAGAAGAUAAUUUAGAAAUGAAAAAAUUGGUUGAAGAAGGAUUAAAUUAGAAGGUAAAUAAUAUAGCAUUAGAAUUUUAAUAAGAAAUUGAUCAAUUGAAAUAAAAAUAAUAUGAAAAUUAAAAGGCAAUUGAGGAUUAAUAAAAUUAGUUAAUAAUUUAGGUGUAAUAGGAAAAAUAAUAAUAAAAUAGUUUGAUAGCAGAGAUUAAUAAAAUUUAGAAUGAUUUUAACAAUGAAAUAAGUAAAAAUCAAUAAUUAAUGCAUGAAAACAAGAGACUUCAAAAAUUUUUAAGUUAAUCUAAUUUGGAUAAAGAUUUGAUGCAUGACAGACAGCAAAUUGAAUAAGGAGAAUAAAUAAUAAAUUGCGAUGAGAAUAAAUCACUUAGAUAGGACAAUUCAAUAUCUGAUAGACAAUAAUGCGUAUCAGUUUUAUAUGGAAUAAGUGGCAAUGCCAGCGAAAAUUUUGAAAAUUAAAUGAAAUCAAGUUGCAAUUAGAAUUAAAAAAUUAUUGUACUUUAAGAUAAAAUAGCAUAAUUGUAUGAUGAAAAUGACAAAUUGAAGAGAUAAUAACUACAGAGCUUAGAUGACUUUAUUGAGAUAUCACCUCUCAAGGAAUCAGAUUUGAUUAAAUAAUUACGAUAAGAAAUAGAGACAUUAAAGGCCGAUAAAGAAUAAGGAAAGGCCAAAAGUGAAUUGUAAUUAGAAAUAGUAAAUUUAGAGAAAAAAUUAAUAAAGAAGGAUGAGGAAAUGUAGAAUUUAAAAAAGGGGACAUAUAUUUAUAUAGAUAUGUGCGAGAAGGCAAUUGUUUAAGAUAGAGAUUGGAUGAUCGAUUUAAAUAGUUUAGAGGAACGAUAAGCAAAUAGAUGGCGAAUAGUCUGUGAAAAGUUAGUAGAAUAUGAACAUUUAUAAGGAGAGAUAAUGAAGAAUUAGAAUGAGAUUUAAGAAUUGUAAUUGUAAAUAAAAAACAAGGAGAAUUUGAGUAUAAAGAGCAUGAUAAUGAAAUAAAGUUAGUCAUUAGAUGAUGAAGAUAUAUUCAGUAUAAGGUCAACAGUCUCAAAAUUAAGAUAGGAAUUGGAAUAGGAAAAGCUUGAAAAUUCAAAGUUAAAGUCUUAUUUAAAAUCAUAUUUAAAGGAUGAAUAGAGGUUUGAGGUAUCAAAGAAAUAAAUAAUUUAGGAAUAAAAUUAAAGGGUGAAGGAGGAAAACAAAUCUUUGCGAAAUAGAAUAAGUGAUCAAUAGGAGGAGAUCAAGUAGUUGAAUGAGUAAAUUUAGAAUUGCAAAGAUGGGGCACUGGCUUCUCAUUUAAUUUCCUUAUUAGUUAAAUUUUUCGAAUCUUAUUAAAAAGAGUUUAUAUUAUUAUAUUAUUAUAGGAAUAAAUAAGAUAUAAAGGUAUUUUAUCAAAGUCUAGUGAGUAUUUGCAGAAUAGAAUAUAAUGAGCAAAUUGUAAAUAAGUUAUUUCAGAGUGUUGAAAAGAAAAACCAAAGUGUUUUUGGAAUAUUUAGAAGGGAUAAAUCCAAAGAUAAAUGA